CAAACGGACCAGAAAUCAUCUUUGGCACGUUUUUCACGAAAACUGUUUGUGAUUGUGUGUGUGUGUUUUUUCCCUCGAUUACUCUUAGCUUAGUCGUGUGCGCUGCUCGAAAACUUUCGCAAGAACUUGAAAAUCGUCGGCGGGAGAGGGGUUGCGUCUCCCGAAUUAUGCGCCAACCAAAAUAAACUCUCCGACGCAAUAUAUUUCGAUAGCAGCGAUCGAGUAGACAACUGGAUGGUCCAUCAUGCCAGGAAAAAUAAAGGUGAAGAUCCUUGCGGGUCGAAAUCUGCCCGUAAUGGACCGCUCUGGAGACACCACAGAUGCAUACGUUGAGAUCAAAUUUGGCAAUACAACAUACAAAACUGAUGUCUGCAGAAAGUCACUGAAUCCUCAGUGGAAUUCUGAGUGGUAUAAAUUUGAAGUUGAGGAUGCAGAGCUGCAAGAUGAACCAUUGCAGAUCAGGCUAAUGGACCAUGACACUUACUCAGCAAAUGAUGCUAUAGGAAAAGUUUACGUAAAUCUCAACCCAUUGUUGCUGCCCGGUGUGCCACCUCCUGUGAAAAAUAUAUGGACUCUAGAAGCAUCUAUAAAUUCUAGCACAGGAUCUCAAGCUGGUUCAGUCAUGACUGGUUGGCUCCCAGUUUAUGACACAAUGCAUGGGAUACGAGGAGAAGUCAACAUAAUAGUUAAGGUGGAAUUGUUCCUGGAUUUUAAUAAAUUUAGGCAAUCUUCAUGUGGUGUAACAUUUUUUUAUUCUCCUAUUGUACCACAUGGUUAUCAUGCUCAGGUAAUACAUGGAUUUGUUGAGGAACUAGUGGUAAGCGAUGAUCCAGAGUACAAGUGGAUUGACAAAAUAAGAACCCCAAGAGCUUCUAAUGAAGCACGGCAAACUUUGUUCUUGAAACUGAGCAAUGAAGUACAGAGAAAGAUUGGAUUGAAAGCCUUAGAUCUUGGAGGAAAUGCUGUUAUUGGAUAUCUACAAAAUUUCGAUUUGGAAGGAGAAUCCGGAAUAGUUGCCAGAGGUAUUGGCACAGUGGUUACCCUUGUGAAGCUUCACGAUUUUCCAAACUUCCUUAAUGAAGCUCCAACCACAGAAGAUAUGAAAGCUAAUAACAAAGCCCAAUCGUCGGAUUACUCAGAAUCCGACGGCAGUCCUCGUCUGCCGCCGCAUCAGCAUCACCCCUUCCACCAUAGUAGCAGCAGCAACGCUAUUCUCAUGACCAGUAAUCAGAAUACCAACGUCAACAACAGCAGCAAUAAUCCUUCAACUUCGCCCACUCAGUUAGGUAGCAAGUUUCCGAUGUACACAGAACACACGACUCCAACGCCUCUCAAGUACGUCGAAUACAAGGCACCGCUGACCCGGCAGAUGUCCAUUCAGUCAACCACGAGUCAGAUGGGUAGACGUAAUCCGCUCAUGUCGGGUUCUACUCUCUCCUUAGCCGACGACAUCAUCGACGAGUCGUCGCUCAGAAACAUGCUUGCCCUCGAGGACAUGCGCGGCGAGCCGCAGGGCAAUCGUUUCUCCCGAGGUCUCAGAAAUCUCCGAUAUCUACCGCAGAGUGUGCUCACCAGAAAGAACCUCGGUACGCUGAGACACAAAGGCACGUUAGACUCGCUCGACGAGCCCGAGAGCGACCUCGAGAGCACCUACUCCAGCACCUGGUCCAUUUGCGGAUCCGACACUGCCUCCAUCAGAUCGUCCUCUCUCCUGGACCUGCAGCAGUCCAUGAGGAAAAAGAAGUUUACCCACAGGAAAAACACUGGCGAGGGCAUGGCAGCCAUGCUCAUCAGGUCCGUCCACGCAGGAGGUUUGCCCCUGGACAUAGUCAAGGAGGAUCGCGAGACACCGACUCCGUCGCCAGUAAACUUUAUCGACAACGUUGACGAAGAGGAACCGAUAAGCAGCAAAACACCCGAGCCACCAAUUCCCAAGGAGACUCAGAGCCUCGUUCCCUCGGAGGAGAUAGAAGCAUCAGCUCCAGUCGAGAAGAAGAUCCUUCUGGUAACGUACACGAAGCUGAAGCUGCAGUCGUCAGAGGAAGAGGAACGAGCUAUUAUACCAAUGAUCUCGUCCUCGGAAUCGGACACCUCGACUAGUGACGACGACGACGACGAGGAGGACGAGCCCUCGGAGUCAAGUACUAAUUACAAUAUCCUCGAUGACUCCCUGCUAGAUCCCAGCUCUCCCGAGGUUGAGAGCACUCAGAUCAAGCUCUUCCCCUCGCCGACCGUCAAGCAGAGCGUCUCCCAGAUAAUCAACAAGGAAGAAGACGACGACGACGAGGAGAAGGUCAGUCUCAUCGACGACAAGUACGAGGAGUUGCCACCACCUCCACCACCGCCACCACUGUUCGAGAACAAAAAGGACGAGAUCCUUUCCUCAGAGUUCUCUUCGGACGUCGACUCGGAUAUGCCCGUCAGUGCCAUCCCCUAUGAUUACCGCACCAAGCGACCGACCAAAAAACUGUCCAGCCCUACGAGAACGUCCAAGCCUGUCACUGGAGAGCAAGAGAGGAAGAAGCCUAGACCGGAACCACUGAUUCUGUCUCUUCCUCCGCCACCGCCGCCACCACCGGGUUACGAAGAGAAGGCUGUCCCUGAAAAGUCACCAAAGAAUAGUAACAACGGUGGAAAGGUCGUACGGCACCAUCGACUGCACAAGCAGCUGUCCCUCGUUCAGGACGAUGUCAAUCUGUCGGAGUCGUCCGAGGACGAGUACUACGCAAAAAAGCGACCUUUGUUACCAAAGGCUAGUCAGGACAACAAGAAGCUCCUGAUCAACCUGAACGACGACGAGUCACAGCAGACGAGCUCGACCGACCAACGUGGCAAGUCGCCUCGACCAGUCGUUCGUACCGAUACCGUCAUCUACAAACCCCCAGCCGAAAAGGCUGCUGUUCCAGCUCCACCCAAGGAGAAAAACCUCCUGGACACGGCGAACACCGAGUUACCCUCUUCCCCAGCUCCACUGGUGCCUGUCGUCACUCCUCCUAAAGUGACUCGAACCAUCAGCAACAGCGGCAACGCCGACAACAAUCACCUGCAGGUGCCCAGCGCCAACCUCCGGGACAUAGUCCCCAAGAGCCCGUUCCCCACGGAAUCCCCCAAGGAAGGCAAGAGCGCUUUCGACUUCCCGGACGAGGCUCGGGUCGCCGAGAUGCUCAUGAAGAAGUACCGGCGCACCUGCAUGCUCGACCUCAUCAAGGUCAUCGACUCGCGGAUGCUGCACCAUCACUCGCACAGCGACUCGACCCGUCGCCGUCGCCACGUGGUCAUCAGCAAAAGGAAUCAGACUCCAUCGCCGGACUCGGUCCACCGUAGAAUGCCUCACCACCGACGGUCUAGGUCCAAGUCGCCCGAGUCGAACCACCAUCACCACUCGAAGCACCACGGCAGAAGUCAUCACGCUUCCUGCGAGAGCAUCGUCGACAAACUGCCCAGUAGCACACUGCUCACUACCUCGAGCUCCGAACCGGUGAUCGAGGAGCCCGAGGAAGCCGUCGAGGCCCUCAACCAACCCAAGACUACUUCUACUAGUACUACUACUACUACCACCACCACCCCAGCGAGCAAUAAUAACAUCGGCACAACCGAGUUCCUCGAGAUGCAUGCUAUCAAACCCAGUACUACCACUCACUCUAAGACUAACGUCCCGAGUCCCGAGACUAAAAGCACUAACCCGGCUAAUGCGACUGACAAUUUGUGUGUGUCCCAUUCACCGUCCACACGCAGGCAGCAGCAGAACAACCAGAACCAGAACCAAAACCAGAACCAGGAGGUCAACAGUCAACCACAGCAGCAGCAGCAACAGCAGCAGACACAAGGGACAUCGAUCAGUCCAGCCGGUAAUCAACAGCAGCAGAAAGUGGCGCAUUCGCCGGCAAUCAGGAACCCGGGAAUCCCCCUGCACCGACGAUCGAGCGACUCGGAUCUCAGCAUUACUCCCAAAGGAUUUUAUAAAUUCUUUCGCGAACAUAAAGCUUUUGCGAAGAAAGGCAGAUCGUUCAGACUGCGAAGGGAACGCGGCUACGCGUCAAGAUCAGGCCUCAGCGCGGGAAGCUCAGGUUUUUUCAAAGAACUAAGCAACUCGCUGACGGGCAGCGACCGCUCGAUGGCCGGGUACUUGAAGCCCUCGUCGGCUAUCGUGAGAACCAUGAACCAGGAGACUUUGGAGAUGCUCGAAUAUCCAUUCAUUACCAUGCAGCAGUAUCCGCCCGGCUUUAUUCUUCAUAUUGGUGGACUGGUGAGCGCGAGGUCGGUGAAGUUGCUGGAGAGGAUAAGUAAUCUGGAGGAACCGGAGGGCAGGGACUCCUGGUGGACGGAGAUCAGGAUGGAGGUACGGUCGCAUGCCCGGGCUCUUGCCUGCAACGUCGUCAUCGGCUACAAAGAGGAGACUAGCAUCUCUGAUGACGUCUGCGUGCUGAGCGGCUUCGGUACAGCAGCGAUGAUCAAUCUGCACAGUACGGGACAGGAUCAGGAUAACGUUCUCAUCACUCACGUCCAGGGUGGCCCGAUGACCACUUCCGUAGAUUCUGAUAAAAUCGGCAACUUGGCACCGCCUUCAGCUUCGACUGCUAACAACACCGUACCUGUGGAUAAGAGCUCGAACUCGAAAGGCACCGCGGAAGGUACUCCACCGCCGGCAACUAACGUACAGCAGCAGCAGCAGCAGCAGGUGUCCACGAGUGUAGGAAACUCGAGUAAUGUUGCCGCGACACCGACGACCAACCAUCUGAGCAGUAAGCCGAGCAAGCAGAGAUUGGCUUCUGAAAGUAACGAGCACGAGCCGCCGUAUGUGUUUCCACCGAGCGGCUGUAGUUUAUGCCAUCUGCCUUACAACAAGUCCAGCAUGAAUUUCCAGGUGAAUGUGUCAAAGUGUGCAGUGUGUCGUCGUGCCAAGGUUCCAGACGUGAUGUUCACGACGGUCGAGCUGCCGGAGGGUAUUCCGAUGACGGGCCGUGGCUGUUUCAUUCAGGCAACGGUGUGCAAGGCUAAAAAAGAUCUACGAGGCGAACUCAAUGCCAAGGAGAUCUCCGACUGCCUGCCCUUCCUCGAAUACGAGUUGCAUAGUUUAUUGCUGAAUAAGCUCAGGGUGCGCGGGAUGAAUGCCGCCUUCGGACUGAAGGUACAGGUGUCAAUCGGUGAGCGACUGGUCAUCGGCAUGGCUGUCGGUACGGCAGUUUAUCUCAGUGCUCUGCCGCCGCCUUCAUUACCGCAAAUAGCUACUGGUAAUUCGUGGCAUAAUGAGGACCAAUUAGCGGAGAUACAGAAAAGCCUUGUAGAAACGGUUAAGAAGAAUAUGGAGUUUUAUCAGCUCAAACCGUUACCGGAAGUGGAAAAUGGGCGUUCGAUGUCGGACACCGACGAGUCCGAGGACGAGCUUCCGGAACUGGAUCUCGGCUUGGGCAUGAAAGACGUCUGCGUAUUAGAAGUUGACGACGUGGAAGACAUGGACCGUAUCAGCCUCCUAAUGGACGAAAGGCCACCCAAUGAUUUCCACGUUGUCAAUACAGAAAGCAUACCUGGUCUAGAAGACCUCGAGAUCGUUAGAAAUCUUCAAAUGUUUACUCAGGUUUCACGAGCAAAGAUUCCAUUGAAUCAAUCAGCUUCGAUGCCGUCCAAGUACUUUGCUCGCCUUCUUCAGACAGUGUAUUUCAAGCUACGUCGUAUGGUACCCUGUGCCUUGUGUGACCUGCAGUUCAAAAUCGCAAUGCCUGAGCAGGACGAGAUACAGUUGUCGGUGGUUGGUAUGGCUCUUGGGCUGGGUGAGCCCACGCGCUACAGCAAGUUCCGACGCAGACUGCUCUCGCAUUCCAUGAGCAAGGACCAGGUCAAAAGACAAGAUGACAGCGACAUGAUUUUCAGUCUUGAUGAAGAUCAUGCUGAAAACGGUAGCACAGGUGAUUCAAUGACAAAUGUAUCCAAUAUUCCAAACACUCAGUCGAGUCAAACUCUAAAUACCGGCAUCCCCUCUCAAAAACCAAGACCCCGAUCGCCUCUGAGGAUCAGGCACACGACCCAUAGGCACAAACAUGUGCCAUUAAAGGAACGCUACGGCGUAGACAUUACGCCACUAUCUUACCUUCCCGGUGGUAGAAUUGAAAGGUACCUAGGAAAUUUGAAUUUCUUCUUCAUAAGAGAGUCCAACUCGAUCAGAGAGAAUGGUGGAUUGAGUGGUUUUAUUCAUAGUUUUGUCACCGAAGUGUUGGCGAUAGUCCGUGCCCACGUUACUGCACUAGGUGGCAAUGCAAUGGUAGCUUUUUUCAUGACUCAAUGCGUGUUGCUGCAUAGUCCACACAAAAACCAGGGUCAAUGCCUGAUAAAUGUUGGCGGCGACGUGGUGAACGUGUCGUAUUUCGGCAAUAACGACGGCAAGCAGCAGCAGACGUCCAACGCAGCCAGUAACUGCUGACCCCAGCCGCCGCACUCAGCGCCUCCGUAACUCAGGCGCGGCCCUCGUGCCUUUAAAUUCUUUGAGCCGUGAUCCUGAUGAAUAUAUACACUUCUCAGUCGAGACUUUAAAUUUUACCUAAUCUUGCACGUCGACUCCUUGGAGAAAUCCCAUUAAGUAUUUGCGUAAGAGAAUUUAGGUAAGGUUUAACGUACUUAAUCUAGAUGUAGCCCCUUCACUUUAGAAUCUCAUAUAUUUUUUGUGAUAAUGAGGGAAAGAAGUAAACACUUCUUAUGUAUGCAUGCAGAGACGCAAAGUUUUUGCUUUUUUUACGUGUACUUUUAUAAUAUUUUUUGCCAAAUGCUUCUUAUCCGUUAGCAAACUGUGGAAAAUGUUUACUUUUUUUGUUGUUGUAAAUAAUAGAGUAACUGUAGAAAAAACGUUUUGACUUUACAACCAACAAAAGUUAUAUAUAACAUUCAUUAUUGAAAUCGAUUUUUUGAUGUUUUACUUCAUACGAUUCCACUAUACGAGCGAGGAAAAGAUUUUUUUUUACGGACGGUUUGCGAACGUCGACAAGAAGUAUCGUAGCAUAAUUUUGAAUUGUUUAUAAGUUAGAUUAUUUAUUGAUUUUGAAUGAGAAAUCACUCAUCGAAGUGAGAUAUCAAAAUCAUGAUUACUUAAUUAGUUGUAUUCAUAUUGAGUCAGGAUUGUUUCGUACUUUAUCGUAAAACGCAAUUCGAUUCGACAAGCUGCAUUUAAAAAAGUAGUCGCCGAAAAAGUUUCAUUUUCUCAACGAGAAAGAAAAAACGAUCAAAAUGUAUAUAGUCAACUCUUCGUUCGUGACUAUAUCGAGAAUUUCUUUAGAGUAACGAAUAAUAACUAUUCUUUGAAUGCUCUUUGUCGAAUGCGUAUUUUACUAUUACGGUUCUCCGAAUUUCCGCUUGGUACUGCUGCCUUAGACGAAGACUCUCAUUUUCCUAUCGAUAAUAAUAAUAACAGUAAAUGCAAUGAUAAUAACGCAGGGGAGUGCGACGCGUGGCUCGUUUUUAAGUGCCAAUAAACUCAGCCCAGCGAUUCCGCUCACGACGACACGCACCUGUUGUAAAAGAAGCACUUGAACUAGUGAUAUCUCGUUGAUCUUUUUGGACAAAAGUCAAUUCGGUCGAAAAAAAAUUAGGUGCUCUCUGCGAGAUUUACAAAUUAAUGACGAAUGAAAAGAGACAUGUCUUGAAAAGUCUGAUGAUGUGUUCAAUUAUAUAGUCAGAAGUUCAAGUGUUAUUUCGCGUCGUCGUCGUCGUGAGCAAAAGCGAAAACCGAAUUGCUACUAUGUCGUCUACACGCGCGUAGGUGGAUAUACAUUAUUGUAAACAGAUACAUUGUUAUAUAUAUUGCACUUUCGUCCAGAUUAGACGUUUCCUCUAUAAACUUCCUAAUCUCGCGCAAAGUAAACCUACACCAGCUAUAUCUAUGUCAUCGUGUGUCAUCGGUGAAGUGUGCGUUGCGGUACAGUUGCGCUCGAGCUGAAGAAGAGAAAACGUUGGAGAAAAGAGAUAGAGACACAAAAGUAUAUAUGUGUAUGUGUACUUAGAUACAAGAGAGAAUGACAGAAUGUCGGUGCUGAGCAAAUAAUUUCCGUUCCAUUAGAACCGACGUGGCUAUUCCCGCUAUUUUUAUCGUCACUUAUUCCCUCGCCAUUUGAGAUUCGAAUCGCGUGUGUAUCGUAUUUCUUUUUCAUCGCCUACACACUGACAUAAUCAAUUAAUUAUAAUCAAUCAGUUGGACUUGCAUACAAGUGUUCUGCGAAUCGCUUGUGAAAUUGCAAUGACAAUUCGAAAGCUAAGUUGCGUUAAUUUACACAGAAAAGAAAGCAAAACACGCGGGAAGAUCCGUUGCGUCCGGUUCACAAUACCACCAAAGUUGUUCACGAAAUCUCGUACUUUUAAUCAGCGCGUGUAACCCAAUCGAUGCUGUUACGUGCAUUGUAUGUACAUAUACUCUGACAGCCGAGCUGUUGUUGUAUGCGGGCGUCUAAUGAAAUUAGACCCUCUCCCCCACUUUGUUUGCAAAAACUAUUAUACAGCUCCGCGCGCGAGAGGGAGAGGGAAGUCGCGCGAUUAUCGUUAGAGAAGAGAAUAGCUGCGCGAGCGCGUUUUUAGCAGUAUUGAAAGUGAUACUUAAAUGCGAGCGCGGAGAAAAGAGAAUAUCCUGUAAUAUAGCGUGCGUACGCCGUAUCGUUUAUUCGUUGGAGAAUGUUACGACUUUGCGAUUCGACAAAUCGUGAAAGGAGCUAAUUGUAUACUCGUUAUUCUUUAUUACAUAAUUUUUUAAAUCAUUUCGUCGCGCCACGCUGAUGCGAGACUGUGUCGUCUCUCGCGGGGCGGCGAUGCGCGCACAAUUUGCAAAAAAAAAAAAUGCUCUCAGGUUAACACGUUAAUACUACUGCGUAAGGAG